AUGACUGCCCUCCGCGCUGGCCGGGCUGCUUGCUUGCAGGUCCGCGGUUUUGCAACUACUCCAGGCCUUCGUGUUGGCCCAGAGUCACCAAACUUCAUCGACGUCCCUAAAACUUACCAAACCCGCACUCCUGUGAAGCCCUCCGUCAAAGGUACACUUCCUGUGCCUCGUGAAGUCUUUCCGCCGCGCCGCGCCGACAAACCCUCCAAAAAAUACCUCGACGAUGUCGCCCGAGAACCUUUGACCAAGAAGGAAGGCACAGUCUCUGAGAAACAGGCAUUCAAAAUCGAGAUGGCUGGUCGGCGGCGACAUCAUCUCCGAAAGGGGCUUAAUCAAUUGUACGAACGCAAGCGCAAAACGGACAACGCCAUGUUCCAGCAAAGUCUUGAGAGCCAGCUUCGACGAGAGCGUAUCCUGCGACAACCCGAGCCAGAAGACGAGCGUUUGACUCGAUCUUCCGUUGUCGAGGAUAUGCAGCCGCUGAAACAUUCGACUCUCCCGGAUCCGAACCGCGAGCAACGCCUUGCUCUUUCCCAAGCACGACUGGAGGCCUCCCUGGCGCAGAAGAAUGCGCAGCGCCAAGAAGAUAUCCAGGAACUCUACAUGAAUGCCCGCUCAUUCAUCACGACCGAAGAACAGCUCUCAGCGGAGAUUGAUCGUGUAUUCCCUGUCGGUGAGAACGAGGCCUGGCGCAAUGACCACCAAGAAGGCGCCAACAUCUGGAACCUUGGUCAACCUCCAACUGUCACAGCUCUCGUCAAUGAGACUCGGAAGAGUGAGACUACUCGCUGGGACGUGACCCAGGAACGACUCAAGAGACUCGGUGAACAAAUUACCGGUGGUAAGAUGUGA